AUGAAUUGUCUUUUUUGGAAUUGUCAAGGUGCGGGUGGUCGGGAGUUCCACCGUGUCCUAAACAAUCUCAUCCAGACCCAUAAGCCCUCUAUUCUAGGCCUCGUUGAGCCUAAGGUCUCCGGAUCACAUGCGAAUUCUAUUUGUAUGAAAUUAGGCUACUCGGACUGGAUUCGGGUAGAGGCAGUUGGUUUUAGUGGGGGAAUUUGGGUCUUAUGGAAUGAUGCCCGUAAGAUUUCAGUUGUUUCCACUCACCCCCAAUUUAUUCUUCUAGAGGUUCGGGUGGUAAAUCAAGCUGACUGGCAUGUAGCAGUGGUGUACGGCAGCCCUACGCACCACCUCCGUCGUCGUUUAUGGACUGAGCUCUCUAUGGCUAAACAAGGUGUUUCGGGACCCUGGGUUGUUGCUGGGGACUUCAAUGCUGUCGUGAGUCGAGACGAAACCAGCAACUACAACUCUUUUUCAUCUCAACGCUGCUCUGAUUUUGUCGAUUGGAUAGCGAAAGAAGGACUCGUUGACAUGGGUUUUAACAGUCCAAAACUCACUUGGUCGAGAGGCAACUCUACUGGGUCGGCAAAAGGGGCCAGGUUAGACAGGGUCCUAUGUAUCACCGAUUGGUGGAAUUGCUUCUCCGACGCCACUGUCACCCACCUACCUAGGCUCUCAUUGGAUCAUACUCCGAUCCUGCUCCAGGUGCUCAGACGUGAAGUUACUAGGCGCUUGCCUAAGUUUAGAUUCCAGGCAGCAUGGUUAACAAAUAAGGGUUUGAGGGAUGUUAUUCAGUCGACUUGGGAUUCUGAUCAUCAUUUCAUGGACAAUAUUCCACGGAUGGCCGAGACUCUGGGAUGGUGGAAUAAAUCCACCUUCGGUAAUAUCUUAUAUAGAAAAAAGAACAUCCUUGCACGUCUCGGAGGUGUAGAUUGGAUUACCUCGGGCGAUAGGAACACCGCAUAUUAUCAUGCAGCCACUACUAUAAGGAAAGCCCGGAAUACGGUUAAGAGCCUUAAGGAUGAUGCUGGGAAUUGGAUCACGCAGGCCGAUCACCUCCAGAAUCAUGUUAGGGACUACUUUAUUACACUGUUCUCGGGAAAUGACGUGCCGCUUCGGCCAGUUGAGAGGAGAGGAGGUUUUCCGCAACUCCAAAAUACACGAUGGGAUGAGUUCGACAAGGUUGUUUCUAUUGCUGAGGUCCAUAAGGCGCUGACGAACAUAGAUCCAUUUAAGGCUCCUGGGCCGGAUGGAUUCCACGCCGCUUUUUAUCAACGCAUGUGGGAUGUUGUUGGGGAUAGUGUCUUCAAGCUUGUUAAAGAAGCGUUCGAUUCAGGUUCCUUGCCUCCCAGUCUUAAUGAUACUCUGUUGGUUCUUAUUCAUAAGAUUAAGUCCCCGGAGACUGUAAGACAAUUUCGGCCUAUUAGUCUGUGCAAUGUAAGUUAUAAAAUCAUCACUAAGACGAUUACUAAUCGCUUGAAAGGAAUUCUUCCAGACUAUGUGGGCCCAUAUCAAAGUUCCUUUGUCAAGGGCCGUCAAAUUUCGGACAAUAUUCUUAUCUACCAAGAAAUCAUGCACACAAUGCGUUCUAAAAAGGGGUCUACGGGGUUCAUGGCUAUUAAACUGGAUUUUGAGAAGGCUUAUGAUCGCCUUUCUUGGGAUUUCAUUCGCUCUACCCUAACGGAGAUAGGUUUUAACGAGAACUGGAUCAAACUCAUCAUGCACUGCAUUCAAACCCCUAGAAUGUCGCUUUUAUGGAAUGGUGAUACCCUACCCCAAUUCUCUCCGAGUCGGGGUAUACGUCAAGGGGAUACCAUGUCCCCGGCCAUCUUUGUUCUCUGUAUGGAACAGCUAAGUCAGUUGAUAGAAGGUAGAGUGCUGGAAGGUGUUUGGAAAGGAAUUAGAUUGUCCUCUUCUGGACCUCCCCUUUCCCAUCUGUGCUUCGCGGAUGAUCUUAUUCUCUUUUCGGAAGCAUCUCCGGAUCAGGUGGAAGUCAUUCGUGAUAGUCUUGAUCGGUUUUGUGACGCUUCUGGUCAAAAAAUUAGCUAUAAAAAAUCGCAGGUGUUUUUCUCAAAAAAUGUUGAUCCUGCUGUUGCUUCUCACAUUGCCAACAGUUUGAAUUUGGCCAAAACUGAGAAUUUGGGUAUAUACUUGGGUGUGCAGUCCGCACAUGGGCGUACCACAAAACAUGAUUUCUCUAGUCUUCUUGAUCGGAUCAAGGGGCGCAUGGAGGGCUGGAAAACAAGAACGUUGUCACUAGCGGGCAGAAUCACUCUCGCUAAGUCGGUGCUCAAUUCUAUUCCGACGUAUGCCAUGCAAACUGCUGUGCUUCCUGCAGGGGUGUGUGCUGAGAUAGAGAAAUGUACCAGACGUUUCAUAUGGGAAGGUAAUAUGUCGGAAGGCACCCAAAACAAAUUGAGUCUGGUGAAUUGGGAUACUGUUACGAAACCCAAGGUCGCGGGAGGGCUUGGGAUUUUUAAAGUUCAUGAGAUGAAUAUGGCCUUCAUGGCCAAACUAGGUUGGCGUUUGCAAAAGGAGCGUGAUACCCUCUGGGUCAGAACCCUCACGACUAAGUACUCGGAGUCUGGAUGUCAUAGCCGGGCCGGAGUUAGACGCGGUAGUUUCUCGAACGCAUGGAAAGGAAUCCUCGCAGCACAGUAUAUUGUACAAGCUGGCAUGACCAAGGUGGUUCGUGGUGGGCGUCAAACGAAUUUUUGGAUGGACAAGUGGAUUGACUAUGAACCUUUGAACCGUUUCUUGCGGAUGCCUUUAAGUCUCUCGGAUUUAUAUGUCAAGGUCCGUGACUUGUGGGAGGAGGGGCGAGGCUGGAAAUGGGAGCUCUUUACCGACUUGCUUCCGGAAAAUAUUAUGUCCAAGCUUCAUGGUUUCGUUCUCUCUAGGGAUCCAGAGUGUGACGAUGAAGUUGGUUGGGAUCUCGACCCUAACGGAGACUUCUCUAUUAACUCAGCCUAUGCGUCGAUCACCCCCACCACUGGGUCAGGCACCCAGGAAGACUGGUUACGAAUUUGGAAGCUCAAAGUACCUAACAGGAUCUGUGUGUUUAUCUGGCUUGUUCAGCAUGGGCGGAUUUUAACAAAUGUUGAACGAGCAAGACGCCAUAUCACUUCUAAUACUUCGUGUUUAUCCUAUGCAGGGCAUUCGGAGGACUGCGAACACUUAUUCAGACAUUGCGUGGAAGCAAGAGCGAUUUGGAGUGCUGCAUAUGGACCGACCCUGGACGCUUAUCUUCGACAGCUCGGAUGGAGGGAGUGGCUAACAGCCAAUUUGCUAGGCGAUAAGCGCAUGGAUUUUGCGAAAGGAUGGCCAGAGCGUUUUUCUAUCCGCCUUUGGUGGAUUUGGAAAUGGCGAAAUGAUAAGGUGUUCAAUGCUCGAAGUAUGCCUAUGGACCAAAAGAUCAGAUGGAUUGCGGCACAAGAAAGUGAGAUACAGACUGCUUUCUCCAAAGUUGGGCCACCAGGAUCGAGUGCAAUCCGGACUACUACCAUUCAGGUUUCUUGGCAAAAACCAAGCGUGGGCUGCGUGAAAGUCAAUGUUGAUGGCAGCUGGUCGUCCGCCACUGGAAGGGCUAGCUGUGGGGGCGUUAUCCGAGAUCAUGAUGGCAAUUGGAGGGGAGGCUUUGUUGCAAAUACUGGAAUCUGCUCCAUCGACGCGGCUGAGACCUGGGCUGUGUGUGACUCACGAACUGUGGUGGAUCUUUUGGAUAAUCCUACCAUCUCACGAGGUGGAAAUACCAAUCUCAUCGACCGAUGCCGUGCGGAGUCUAAUAAGUUUCAUUCGGUGGAAUUCCGCCACGUGUUCCGGGAACAGAACAGAGUAGCUGAUGCUCUUGCGAAGGAGGCCAUGUUGAGCCCGAGUGACAAUAUUGAGCUGCGUGCUGCACCGGAUGUGAUUAAACCCAUGUUGUAUGAAGAUAGCAUUGGAGUGCAGUUUAACCGCCGAGUCCUUAUGACCGGGGCAUCCUUUAAUUAG